UCCUCUCCUUCACCAAAAGGGAUGUUAAUGUUUUGACAGAAGAUCACGUGUUUUGGUUGACUGUACAGCAGCACUAAAUACUGUAUUUUAAUGUCGGAAAUGUCACUGAGGGCUUUGCGGAUUGUGCGCUCAUCCCGGGAUGUGCUGCAUCUCAAUUGGCUGAUGACGAGCCCACUGUCUGUUUCUGAUUCUGUUCCAUGUUUGGUACACUGGAUGUCCACCCGCUUCCCCAACAGGGACGUAUGGCACAGCAGCAUAAAUUUCAGAGCAUUGAGAAAGGGACGGGAGCUAUUUUACGACACUAAGCAAGUCAGUUCACCAAGGAAUUAUUGUACAGGCCAAGUCAGACUGAACUGCUGGAACUGCAAACGACCUCUAGACAAAACUCCCACGUUCUUCUGUAUGUUUUGUAAUGUAGUCCAGCCUCCCGAUGAAGGGGCGUCCUACUUCACGAUCAUGGAUUGUGACUACACAUUCACACUGGACACACAAAGGCUGCAGAAACGAUACUUGCAGCUCCAGAGGUCACUACACCCAGACAACUUCGGCCAGAAAUCUGUGAAAGAGCGGGAGUAUUCAGAAAGCCAGUCUGCUCAUGUGAACAAAGCAUACAAGACUUUGCUUAAGCCUUUGAGUCGUGGAGUUUAUAUGCUGAAGCUGGAGGGGAUACACGUGGAAGAGGGCUCCGACUCUGGUGUUGAUUCAGAGCUUCUAAUGAUGCUGAUGGAGAUCAAUGAAGCUCUUGAUGAAGCACAGACUCCAGAAGAAGCCAGUAAAAUUGGCCAAGACACAAAAGGGAAACUGACAGCCUUGACAGAGCAGAUAGAUGCUGCCCUUCAUAAAGGAGAGCUUCAAGCUGCCAAAGCACUGCUUACCCAAAUGAAAUACUAUGCAAACAUCGAGGAGAAAGUAAAGGAAAAACUUUCUGAAUUCAUUUAAAUUUUUGCCCCAGUGUGUGUCACUGUGUUUAAUAUUUUUAGCCAUUUUUAAAAGUUUGUACAGAAGCAAAAGUAAAUGAUUGUUCAUUUGUGUCAGCAUUAUGCUGAUCUAUUGUGAAAGAUGAAUAAUACAACUCUAUUUACAAUGUAUAAUACACAACUGAAUUCAUGUGAAUUAUACUCAAUCUGCUAUUUUUUUAUUAGAAAUUGUACAGAUAUGAUGGUGUAAUUGGAUGCAUGCAAUAUAGCUUUUGAAUUUCACAAGCCUGAUCAUGUCCAAUUUUACCUGAUGUACAACCGAAUGCAACAGAGAUUUAUAAUUGGAUCUCAUUAAAAUACUGCUCAGUGUUUAUAUGAUUAUCCUGCCUAUCAGUUCAACAUUUUGUCACAAGGCUUUCAUUCAGUUCCUGGGGUUACCUUUAGGUGGAGACACAACACCUUGACAGUCAUUAUGCAUUAGAGCAACACUCCCAUUAACUGGAUGUAAGAUCAUAAGUCCUUUAUUGAGGUAGACAGCCCACUGAAUUAUUAAUUGUGGUUUCAUAUGUAGCAUUAAUGCUAUGCUGAAUAUUAUGUGAUGAAUGAGCCAAAUAUCUGCGAUCUGUGUAAUCCCUAGCUUAUAAAUUGAUCCAUUGCACCUCUGCCUGCAGCAGUGUAUUCAUCAACCUUGUCCCUCAUUUAAUUUUUGAAUUUUCUUUUUUUUAAUUCAACACCAUGAAGAAAAUUAUUAUAAUUUGUAAUUCCUUUGCAAAUUGCAGUUCAGAUCACAUCAAGGCUUCUAAUCUGAGCAAGUGAUACGGAAGUAAUCACGUUGAAAUACGGGGGUGCCACUUAAUCUGAUAGCAGAAAGUGAACCAUUAGAUCACAUAUCAUAUGAAAAAUGUUAUUUGAGACACACCGGCAUGAUAAGCUCAACCAUUUUGUGUAUAUUAACGGCUUUACAUUGACAGUAUUUUUCUGUGCCCCACAGCACACUGGAGCAUCCCUCUGUAACACAACCUGAAAUAGUUGUUUAUUAAGUCUGGAACAACAGUGUCAUGUGUCUGAGGCUGUUUUAUUUAUUUAUGUAUUUAUUUUUUACUAUGGAGAAGCAGUUUCCUUAAAAUACAUGGAUUGAUAGUGGAUUAAAAAGGGCAACUCCCACCCACAAGGAGACCUACAGGCCUACUUAUUAUUCAUGUCUUAAUCGGAAAGCAUCUACCCCGCCUUUAAAUUAAGGAGGAAAUGUGAUCGACUGACACUGAGACUACUGCUGUCUCCAAGAACUCUUUGAAAUUCAGUUUGAAAGGGGCAAAAGGGGUGAAACAGCCAUGAUGUCAAAUUUACUUGGAUGAGAAAGCUCGACAGAAUGAACUAGGUGUCCCCCAUGCAGUUUCAGGAAUGAGUUAGGUCAGCAUUGGGCACACUGCACAGUUUACUGCUGCUUUAGAUUUACUGGUCAUGGUGCACUAGGCUAAUUCAAAUAUUCUGUACAGGUCUGCAUGACCUAGUAAAUAGAAUUCCUUCUAGUCAUGUUAGUUAUUGCAGUAGUUUGGCAUUUUGGGAAAUAAGCUUAUUUAAAUUCUU